AUGAAAUUGUACAACUUAAUCUAUUCUCUAACGUUACUGUUGCUUGUCGAAACGUCAGCAAGCCAGCAACAACAACAACAAUCACUACAAGUGGCCUUUCAAAAACAGUCUGUUGUCAUCGAAAAGCCAGCGAUCGUGAAUUACCGUCUUCAUGGACGAUUUCUUCAUAUCACGGAUAUCCAUCUAGACAAGCAUUAUUUAGAGGGAGCUACUAUCAAAUCGGACUGCCAUCGAGCACCGCAUAAACAUAAAAAGAAAAAAAAGAGACAAGGCAAAUUGGCAGGUUAUUGGGGUGCACCAGGUACAGAUUGCGAUUCACCUCGUCGACUUGUGCAUCAUGCCAUUGACACUAUUGCCAGAGACUGGAAAGAUAAGAUUGAUUUUAUCUUAUGGACCGGUGAUAACGCCAGACAUGAUGGCGAUGUCAAACUAACGAGAACUAAAAAAGAAAUUCUUGGUUACAAUAAGAAAGUGACUCAAUUGAUACAAAAAGCAUUCACACUGGACAAUAAUCGAACACUACCUAUUGUACCUUGCAUAGGGAAUAAUGAUGUUCAUCCUCAUAAUCAAUUAAGAGGAAUGAAAAACAACCCACAACUACUCGAAUACAGUCAGCUUUGGUCAGAUUUCAUACCACAAGAUCAACAAAAGCACUUUCGCAAAGGAGGCUAUUUUGCAAGCGACGUUGUGCCUGGCGCCAUCCGCGUCCUCUCUUUAAACUCACUCUACUUUUUUGGCUCCAACGAUAUCGUAAGUACCUGUAGCGACCCAACGUCACCAGGCUAUCAACACGUCCAAUGGAUGAAGAAGCAACUGAAGAAGGCACGUCAAGAGAAUAUGAAAGUGUUGAUCAUCGGUCAUGUGCCCCCCACCGUAAAGACAUUCAAAGACAGUUGUUUGGAUGAUUACAUCAAACUAUCUACAAAGUAUGCCGAUCUUAUUAUCGGGCACAUGUACGGACAUUCCAAUAUGGAUCAUUUUCAAAUUAUCAGUAGAAAAUACAGCGACGUGGCCCGUCUCUCCAAGGAGGAGGACGACGACGACGACAAUGACGACGGUGAGGAGGAGGGUAGUACAGUGGAAUGGAUCCAGAAAGAUGCAGAUCGUUUCAUUUCUACUCUACAUAAACAAUACAGAAAACUGCAAAAGAUCAGAGAUAGAGAAGAUUUGGUCGUCAUCCAUGUAGCUCCGCCUAUGCUGCCCUUAUUCUACCCGACAUUCCGUAUCAAUGAGUAUAAUGCAGACAUGACAUCAUCUCACUUUGGUGAUUGGUUACGAUAUACACAAUGGUAUUCCAAUCUGACUUAUUGGAACGAACAAGUGGAUAAUCAGAAACAACAACAGCUCCUCACCCAAGCCAGCAACAAAGAACCGUGGCACACAAAACCGGAGUUCGAAAUUGAGUAUUCCACCGAUGAGACGUACAACAUGACAGAUUUGACAAGUAGCAGCUGGUUCGAAUUUGCAGAACGCAUCAGUUCGAAAGAAGGACACGACUUAUGGAAAGUCUAUCUGUCGAAUAUGUUUGUUCAAUCGAAUAAUGACUGGUAUGGACAGAGUCUUCCUGAAGAUGACCACGAUGAUCAGGACGAUGACCAGAACAACGAAAACGAGAGAAUGCCUUUCAUCCUACCGCUACCAGCCAUGGCCUGGUUUGAUUGGUUGAAACAGAAAGCUUUUUUGUUUGCUGAAAUGCUCUUAUAG